AUGGCAGUGUACCAGCCACUGCAUCAGCACAGCCACAAGCAGUCGUCGAGAUACGGCAGCGUCAGCCUUGGCCUCAGAACCGUCCUCGCAUGGCUCCUCUCCGCCCUGCUCGGCUUGGCUCUCCUCCACCUCCUCCGCUGCUCCCAGUGUGGCGCGCGCGAGAGGGCCAUGGUCUCGCCGCUGCUCCAGUACGUCACCAGCACUUACAGUCAAGCAGUGUCGACGUACAGCUGCGACUACUCGGAGGGGCAGUGGGUGCAGGCGCCGGGGCACGCCCGGCGGUACAACGGCACGGAGUGCAACGUCAAGGGCAGCGAGAACUGCAUCCGCAACGGGCGCCCUGACACCGGCUACCUCGACUGGCGAUGGCAGCCAUCGCCCGCCGGGUGUCACCUCCCUUCCUUCGACGCCGCGUCUUUCCUUGCCGCCGUCCGCGGCAAGCACGUCGCCUUCCUGGGCGACUCCAUGGCGCGGAACCAGGCCGAGUCCCUCGUCUGCCUCCUCGGCGCGUCGUUCCCGUACCGCAUGGUGUACCAGGACCCCGAGCCCGGGACACGCAAGUUCUGGCGCUGGGCGUUCCCGUCGCACAACGUGACGGUGUCCGUGUACUGGGCGCCGUUCCUGGCGCGCGCCACGGGCAAGUCGGAGAACUACAGUGAGCCCUACAGCUCGGUGUACCUCGACGCCCUCGCCGAGCGCUGGUCGGCCGACGCCGACGCCAUGGACGUGGCGGUGGUCAGCACCGGCCACUGGUUCUGGAACCCCAGCGUCUACUACAACGGCAGCGUGGUGCUCGGGACGCACCGCCUCUCUGACCUCAACCACACCGAGAUCGGCUUCUUCUCGCCGUACCGGGAGGCCAUCCGGAUGACGAUACGCCGCCUCGUCAGCUCUGCUGGCCGUGCGCGCCCACGCACGGUGGUGGUGGCCACCUUCUCGCCGGCGCACUUCGAGAAGGAGUGGGACGACCCCGCUACGUGCGCGAGGAGGCUGCCGUAUAGGGAGGGAGAGAGGGAGGUGGACGCCAUGCACGCGGAGCUUCGAAACAUAGUGAGAGAGGAGACGGCGGCGGCGAGGAUUGACGGUGGCAGGGGGGCGACGGUUGAGGUGCUGGACGUGACGAAGCUGGCAGCGAUGCGGCCGGACGGGCACCCCGGGGUCUACAUGAAACGCGACCCGUUCGCGCGCGGCGUGCCGGAGCGGCUGCAGAGCGACUGCCUCCACUUCUGCCUGCCCGGACCGGUGGACACGUUCAAUGAGAUUCUGCUUCAGCUUCUGACGAAGCGGCGGUGA